GAAAUUUGAUCUACGUUUUAACUUUCUGUCCAAGGUGUAUGUAAGGAAGGUCUGGAUUGGGACCGUUGUCAAAAUGGCGGAUACCGCGAUCCAAACAACUGCUCCCAUUGCAGGUGCCCGGAUGGACUGAGCGGACAGUUCUGUAGCGAGAUCAUGGACCCAGUAAAUGAAACCUGUGGUCGUAAAAUCAAAUUUGCUACCGAAAAGUGGUUGACAUUGUCGACACCCGGCAUGUACAGCAGAGGCCCCAGGUUGAGAUCAUCUUGUAAUUGGCUAAUUAAGACUCUGCCUGGUAAACACGUGUUACUCAGAGUGGAGAAACUAACCCUCGAUUGUUGGAGACAGAUGGCGUGUGACGAAGACUACAUUGCUAUUCGCUACAAGACCAACCUGGCUCUGCCUGGACCGAGGUUUUGUUGUGACAGGCCAACCAAGACGUUUGUGAGUCAUGGUAACCAGAUACUACUGCUGUAUCGUAUUGGAGACCUUUACAUGAACCGCGGCGUGCGUGUGGCCUUCAAAAUAGAGAAAUGUGGAGGCUGUACCGCUAACUCGACUACCGCACAGCCCGCCUGUUUAGAGACCCGGGAGAGGAACUGUGACGCACAGUACACCGCCGCCUGCGUUAAGGAUAGAACAAAGAAAUGCAAUUAUACUCGAAAGAACAACUGCCUGGAUACCAUCAAGAAGUGUUGUACAGGUUACAAGUUGACCGGCAGCGAAUGUAGACCGACAGCGAAGUGGUCGGAAUGGUCGACAUCGAGCACCGUCUGCAGCGUGACAUGCGGUAACGGCACUCUGACGGUAACGCGAACCAGAAAGUGUUCCACUGGACCGGGUCACUGUAAGGGCAACUCCACAGCAACCCUGAAUAAACCCUGCUCGAUGAAGUCCUGUCCAGUAAAUGGACUGUGGUCUACUUGGAAAGUCACAUCCACCGAACCCUGUACUUUGACCUGUGGCGGUGGGGUCAUAAGGAUACAUAGAUCCAGGACUUGUAUUCCGCCAAUGUUUGGUGGAGCAGAUUGUCAGGGGCUAUCUCAAGAUAUUAUUAAACAACCUUGUAACAUCAAUCCAUGUCCCAUUGAUGGAGUGUGGUCUGAAUGGCGAACCGUUUCAAUUGAGGUUUGCUCUGUAACAUGUGGUGGUGGAGUCAUGGAAGUAAUUCUAGAGAGAACAUGUACUGCACCCAAGUUUGGUGGCAAGGAUUGUCAAGGUGACAAAAGAAUGAGCAGGUCUAGUCAGUGCAACACGCACUCCUGUCCAGUUGAUGGAGUGUGGACUGAAUGGAAAACAAUUCUCUCUGGUACUUGUUCAGUAACAUGUGGUGGUGGUGUCUUGGUAACAGUUCAGGAGAGAACAUGCAUUGCACCCAAAUAUGGUGGAAAGGCUUGCCAAGGCAAUACAACAGAAACACGAUCAAAACAGUGUAACUCACAACAUUGCCCAGUUGAUGGCGUGUGGUCGGAAUGGAGAACAGUUUCUCCUGGCACAUGUUCUGUAACUUGUGGUCGUGGAGUUAUUGAAACAGUUUUAGAAAGAACUUGUAUUGGACCCAAGUUUGGUGGAAACGACUGCCAAGGCAACCGAAGAAUGACAAGAUCUAGUCGAUGCAAUUCAAAGUCUUGUCCAGUUGAUGGAGUUUGGUCUGAAUGGAGAACUGUUACGACUGGUUCAUGCUCUGUAACUUGCGGUGGUGGUGUCAUGGCAACAGUUUUAGAGAGAACGUGUAUUGGACCCAGAUUUGGGGGAAAGGAUUGUCAAGGAAACAAACGAGUGACAAGAACAAAACAGUGUAACACGCAUAUUUGUUCAGUUGAUGGAGUGUGGUCUGAAUGGAGAACCACUUCGAUUGGUUCUUGUUCUGUAACUUGUGGUGGUGGAGUCAUGCAAACAGUUCUGGAGAGAACAUGUAUUGGACCUAGUUUUGGUGGAAAGGAUUGUCAAGGCGAAAAACGAAUGACAAGGUCUAGUCGAUGCAAUACACAGUCUUGUCCAGUUGAUGGAGUAUGGUCUGAAUGGAGAACCACUUCUAUUGGUUCUUGUUCUGUAACUUGUGGUGGUGGCGUCAUACAAAUAGUUCUGGAGAGAACUUGUAUUGGACCCAAGUUUGGUGGGAAGGAUUGUCAAGGCAACAAAAGAAUGUCACAGACAAACCAGUGCAACUCAAACCCUUGCCCAGUUGACGGAGUAUGGUCUGAAUGGAGAACCACUUCGAUUGGUUCAUGUUCUGUAACUUGCGGUGGUGGUGUCAUGCAAAUAGUUCUGGAGAGAACUUGUAUUGGACCCAAGUUUGGUGGGAAGGAUUGUCAAGGCAAUAGGAGGAUGACACGGUCAAAACAGUGUAACACGCAUCUGUGUUCAGUUGAUGGAGUUUGGUCUGAAUGGAGAACCACUUCGAUUGGUUCUUGUUCUGUAACUUGUGGUGGUGGAGUCAUGGAAAUAGUUCUGGAGAGAACUUGUAUUGGACCCAGUUUUGGUGGAAAGGAUUGUCAAGGCAACAAACGAAUGACAAGGUCUAGUCGAUGCAAUUCACAGUCUUGCCCAGUUGAUGGAGUUUGGACUGGAUGGAGAACAAUUUCGAUUGGUCUUUGUUCUGUAACCUGUGGUGGUGGAGUCAUGGAAACAAUUCUUGAAAGAACUUGUGUUGGACCCAAGUUUGGUGGGAAGGAUUGUCAAGGCAGCAAACGAAUGUCUAAGACAAACCAGUGUAACUCAAACCCUUGCCCAGUUGAUGGAGUUUGGUCUGAAUGGAGAACAAUUUCAAUCGGUUUUUGUUCUGUAACUUGCGGCGGUGGAGUCCUGCAAACAAUUCUAGAGAGAACUUGUAUUGAACCCAAGUUUGGUGGGAAGGAUUGUCAAGGCAAUAAACGAAUGUCAAGGUCAAAGUUGUGUAACUCAAACUCUUGUCCAGUUGAUGGGGUGUGGUCUGAAUGGAGAACAGUUUCAAUUGGUUCUUGUUCUGUAACUUGCGGAGGCGGUGUCAUGCAAACAGUUCUGGAGAGAACAUGUAUUGGACCCACGUUUGGUGGGAAGGAUUGUCAAGGCAACAGACGGAUGACACGGUCAAAACAGUGUAACACGCAUAUUUGUUCAGUUGAUGGAGUAUGGUCUGAAUGGAGAACCACUUCGAUUGGUUCUUGCUCUGUAUCUUGCGGUGGCGGAGUCAUGCAAAUAGUUCUGGAGAGAACAUGUAUUGGACCUAGUUUUGGUGGGAAGGAUUGUCAAGGCAACAAGCGAAUGACAAGGUCUAGUUCAUGUAAUUCACAACGUUGUCCAGUCGACGGAGUAUGGUCUGAAUGGAAAACGAUUUCGACUGGUUCUUGCUCUGUAACUUGUGGUGGUGGAGUCAAGCAGGCAGUUCUGGAGAGAACAUGUAUUGGACCUAGCUUUGGUGGGAAGGACUGUGGAGGCGAAAAACGAAUGAUAAGAUCUAGUCGAUGCAAUUCACAGUCUUGUCCAGCUGAUGGUGUUUGGUCUGAAUGGAGGGUCACUUCUACUGGUCCGUGUUCUUUGUCAUGUGGUGGUGGUGUCAUGGAAACAGUUCUAGAGAGAACAUGUAUUCGACCUAGUCCAGGUGGAAACAAUUGCCAAGGUGACCGAAGAAUGACAAGGACUAAUCGGUGCAACUUGCACCCUUGUCCAGUUGACGGAGUAUGGUCGGAAUGGAAAACAAUCUCUUCUGAAUUUUGUUCUGUGACUUGUGGCGGUGGUGCCAGAAUAAUAGUUCUAGAGAGAACAUGUAUUGGACCAAGUUUUGGUGGGAAGAAUUGCCAAGGCAACCGCCGAAUGACACAAUCUAGUUCGUGCAACUCGCAACACUGUCCAGUCGAUGGCGUAUGGACGGAUUGGAAAACCGUUACAAAUGGCAGUUGCUCUGUAACGUGCGGUGUUGGUAAGGUGGAAACCAUUUUGGAAAGAACUUGUAUUGGACCCAAGUUUGGCGGGAAGGAUUGCCAAGGUCAGGGACGAAUAACAAGAUCUAAAAUGUGCGAAUUGGAUUCUUGUCCAGCUGAUGGAGUGUGGUCGAAAUGGAGAUUGGUUUCAAAUGGCACGUGCAGUGUAACCUGUGGAGGUGGUUACAGGGAGACAACUCUGGAGAGAUCGUGUAUUCCACCUCGGUUUGGUGGCAAGGGUUGCGAAGGAGAUGCAAGGAAAACAGUGUCAGUGCCGUGCAACUCAUACUCUUGCUCAAGAGAUGGCCAGUGGGGUGCCUGGAAGGUGAAAGAGAGCGUGUGCUCCGUUAGUUGUGGGCGUGGCACAGAGACGACCACUUACACCCGAACAUGUGACAGUCCACCGCCGACAAAUGGAGGCCGCCCUUGUGUGGGGAAUGACGUGUCUGUCACUCACGAAAUCUGCGUUCUCGGAACAUGCCCAGCAACGUUCCCGCCUAUUCCAGUUGACGGGCAAUGGGGCACCUGGACCGAAAUUUCCUUCUGCUCUGUAACUUGUGGCAAAGGCAUAAGAGUCACCACCAGAGAGCGCCACUGUAAACAUCCGGCUCCUCAGUUUGGCGGUAAAAUCUGUGACGGUGGCCUGGUGCAGAUAGAAAACACCACAAGCCUUUGUGACCGUGGUUCGUGUACAGUUGAUGGAGGAUGGGGCCCAUGGGAAGUGCUCUAUUCGUCUUGUUCCCAGACGUGUGGAUUGGGUCGCCAGAUUAAGAAACGUCAUCGGAAGUGCGACAACCCUGCUCCUCAAAAUGGCGGAUCAUUCUGCCCCGGCGGGUUGCUGCAAGGAAACGAAACGUCAAUUUUUUGUCAUCUCAGAGUCUGCAAGGACGGCGUCCCUCCACUCGCUGUAGCCUCGAUUUUGAGUGUCUCCUACACGGUCAUCACGUGGAGUUUCGUAAUUACGUUACUACUGUCACAAUGGUUAUAGCAGCUUUAAGAGUGUAAAUGUUUAGUUGAGCUUCCGCAAACCAUGACGACGACAAACUAUUGCUGUGAAAUUUUGUGAAUCUCUUAAAUUCAACACGAAACCAUUCAUUCGACAAGGAUAGAGCACAGACUAUUGACGAGCAAAGUAAUCUCGCUAAGAAUCUCAUCAUUGUUGGAUCUGCUUGUUUCAUGGGCUGCGUAUCGGGAGGGGAGGGGAGGGGGCGCGGGGUCAUGACCCAUGCACAUUUUUGCCUGUUACUGUGCUUAGAAGGCUGAAAAUGCAUGUAUUUUAAAACCUGAAAUUCAGUUUAGUUUGCGAGGGAGCAUGCCUCUCGAAACAGGCAUGGGCUUUCUUCUUCUUCUUCUUCAGUGAUCCCGGCCAUGUCAGAUGGGUAGUCCGGUACUGUGGACGAAUUCCGCCGUCUGCCUUAGCGACGUUGCCGGUCCCCACAGUAUGGGCCUUCAAAUACGUGUAUGUUCAUCUCUAAGACCACUGAAGUGACCAAAACCCUACCACUCCCCUCCCACCCCCCCCCCCCUUCACUUUCAAAUACACUACUGACCCUGUGUACAUGAUAUCGAAUGUGAUAUUAGUAAUAGUUGUGAUUUUGGUAACUGUAUUGUUAUCAUUUAUAUCAAGUAUACCUUGUAUAAGUGUGUUUCAAUGGCCUUGUAUAAAUGGCGUGCAUGUUUGCACUAAUAUGCUAUUGUUAUAUAAAGACUUUUGUCAAA